AGGCGGCGGUUCAUUGUGUUUUGUCUUCGGCGCAGAGAGCGUUGAUUGUUUUUGUGAGAGGGACCAAGAAAGGCUAGGGUGUAUUUUUUUUUUUUUGUAUUAUUUCGUUGGAAGUUUAGUGUUAUUGGGGCGGCAUCAUGACCGAUAAAAUGGAUAUGUCUCUAGACGACAUUAUCAAACAGAACAGGCAGCAGAGAGGCGGAGGCCGCGGUGGAAGAGGUCGAGGCCGCGGAGGCUCAGGCGGCGGCCGCGGAGGAGGAGGCCCCGGGCGACUCGGAGCCGGAGGAGGAUUUGGUGGCCGAGGCGGCGGAUCCGGCCCCAUGAGGAAUCGACAGAACCUGAGCCGCGCUAGAGGCAGACCAACGCCUUACAGCAGGCCUAAACAGCUCCCCGACAAGUGGCAGCACGACAUGUUCGACAACGGCUUCGGCGGCUUCAACGGCGCUGCCGGGGGUGGCGCCGGGGGCGGCGGCGUGGAAACCGGAGGGAAGCUGCUCGUCUCCAACCUCGACUUUGGCGUCUCGGACGCAGACAUUCAGGAGCUUUUUGCUGAAUUCGGGACUCUGAAAAAGGCUGCGGUUCAUUACGACCGGUCGGGAAGAAGCUUGGGAACGGCUGACGUCCACUUCGAAAGGAGGGCAGAUGCGCUCAAGGCCAUGAAACAGUACAACGGCAUCCCUCUCGAUGGGCGGCCCAUGAACAUACAGCUCGUCACAUCACAGAUCGACACACAGAGGCGACCCAUGCAGGGUCUGAACAGAGGCGGCGGCGGCGGAGGCAUGAACAGAAGUCGUGGCGGCGGCGGAGGCUUCAGCGGCAUGCAGAGAGGCCGGGGGGGUCGGGGCGCAGGCGGAGCCAGAGGCAGAGGACGGGGCGGUCGAGGCGGCGCAGCCAAGAAGCCGCUGUCAGCAGAGGAGCUGGACGCUCAGUUAGACGCCUACAAUGCCAGAAUGGACACCAGCUAAAGAACCCGUCUACUCCAACUCGUCGUCCCCUCCUUUCUGCACAGAAGGGCGGUUGUUACAGAUGUGCAGAAUAUUUUACACUUGGUUGUGUUUCGAUGUGAAAUUAUUGUUCCAACCUCUUCUUUUAAAUGCUCCAAAGUGUUUUUUACCGGUAUUUUUUUCCCCCCUUUUUUCUGAAGAAAAUGGUUUUGGCUGUAGGUUUAUGAAUUGGGGAGACCCCCCCACCCCGCCCCACCCCACCCCCAGUCCAUCCCUCUCUCCCCUGUAGUUAAAGAAACCUGUAAUAAAAACCUGCAGUGCAUAUUAACCACAA